GGUGCCGGGAGCAGCGGCGGCGGCGGCGACCCCGGGGGCGGUGGCGGCGGCGCGGGCCGCGCUGUGGGGAGGGCGCUCCAUGGGCAGUGGGGCGGGAGUGCGCAGGGCCCGCGGCGGCCCGGCUGCUGCCAGCACUCGGCCGCCGCUCUCCGGAUUUCAUCUUUGGCUUGUCAAAUGGACGUUAAGCGACACUGAGUGUUAACCACGAGAGCUCUAUAAGCACAGCGGCUGCUGGGAUGUUGCGACAGAACGGUGGAAGUAACAAGCGUGGUUUGGGAUUAGCCCGACUGUCUACCUCCAACUUCUUCACCAUCUCUAAUUCAGGAAAUUGGGGAAUGGGGCGCAGCACCAAGAGCAGCUCUUUGAGCAGCAUUAGCUCCAACUCUGACUGCUAUGAUAAUCCUGUUGUGGAUCCAGAAUAUAUCAUGCAACUGGUGAAUGAUGUCAGAAAGUUUGCGGAUGUGCUACUGUAUUUGAAGGAAGCCAUUCUCUCCGAAGAAAAUCAAGAUGGCCUGCAUCAGGUAGUACAUGAACGCCUGGGAGAGUUGCUACGUGUUUUAAAAGCAGUAAUAAACAAACAUCAGACUCUAAACUCGGUCGAUAUUCUUAGUGCUGCAGGAACAGUUAUUGCAAAAGUAAAAGCGGUGAACUUCAAAGAAGUUAAUGAAGAAAACAAGAGAGAACUCUUCAGUGAAAUAUUUUCUUCCAUUGAAACAUUGGCAUUCACCUUUGGAAACGUUGUUUCAGACUUCCUUAUGGGAGAUGUAGACAAUGGCUCGUCACUGGGACUUCCUGUAUCUCGGAGAAGUCGGUCUUUUGAGAAUCUUUCUGUGGAGUCUGGGGGUUCACUGCAUGAAAGGGAUGAUAUUCAAGGACAUCUUCGAGCAGAGGAGGUUGAUAGCAUGCUCCUAAGAAACGACAGCGGAAUUGAAUCGGCUCUGUCCUAUGCUAAAGCAUGGUCAAAAUAUACCAAGGAUGUAGUCGCAUGGGUAGAAAGAAAGCUUAGCUUGGAAGUGGAGUGUGCUAAAAACUUAGCAAAAAUGGCUGAAACUGCUAAAGCUGUUGUUGGACACCAGGAUUAUAUGCCAUUCCAAUCAAUAUUCAUUAAUGCUUUUCAAAAUGAUAUUGAGAACAAUCAACUUUGGCAACAAACAGCUGCUGCUCUCCAGUCUAACAAAUUUGUGCAGCCUCUUCUCGGAAGGAAAAAUGAGUUGGAUAGACAAAGGAAAGAUAUCAAAGAGCUUUGGCAGCGAGAACAGAAAAAAAUGCAAGAGCUGGAAGCUGCUCUGAGAAAAGCGAAGUUGCUAUAUACACAGCGUCAAGAUGAGUAUGAAAAGGCAAAAUCCUGCACUGCUCGUGCUGAGGAGGAACAUCUUAGCUCAAGUGGAAGCUUUGUGAAAGAUGUCAGCAAGCAACUGGAAAAAAAACGAAGGCUAGAAGAGGAAGCUCUUCAAAAAGCUGAAGAGGCCAAUGAACACUAUAAAGCAAGCAUGGCAGAGGUUGAAGAAAAAAGAAAUGAUUUGGAAAGCUUUAAAAGUGAUGUCUUAACACAGCUUCGGGAGCUUAUAUACCAGUGUGAUCUUACUCUUAAAGCUGCAACAGUUAACCUGUUCCAGCUGCAGCACGCUCAGGUUGUAUCUCUUCCAGUUAACUGCCAGUCCCUUUGUGAGAGUGCCAAACUCUAUGACCCUGGUCACCAGUAUUCAGAGUUUGUGAAAAGUUUGCCAAAGGAAGGUGUUCCUAUUGAAUCAGGUUCUUUUGAAACCCGGAGUUCCCAGGUUGAUGGGGUUUUUAAUAAGCCAUCAGCCAGCAGUGUCCAUACAUCGCAUGGUAACUUAUCUCAGUGUUCAGGAGAUUUUCCUGCUCAGACCUUAGAUGAUGUGGGAAGCCCAAUUUAUCAUCAUUCACAAAAGAUUGGAGAGAAGAGAUCUUCCAUCAGCACAGAUAUCCAAGCAAUGCGAGGGCCACCACCAUUCAGGUCAUGGUCAGUUGGCAACCAGAGUGGAGGAAUGUGCAGUGAUUCUGAAAGUGCCGGGGGAAGCAGCGAGUCACGAUCCAUGGAUUCUCCAUCUGCUAGCCCAGGGGAUUUUAAAAGACGACUUCCCCGAACACCUUCCACUGGUACUAUGUCAUCUGCAGAUGAUCUUGAUGAAAGAGAGCCACCAUCUCCUUCAGACUGUGGUUUAAAUGAUCUGACAUCUGAAACUGCAAGUUCUCCAGGACCUUUUAGAAAUGCUAAUAUGUCCAAAGCAGCACAAACACACAAACUACGGAAGCUGAGAGCUCCAUCUAAAUGCAGAGAAUGUGACAGCUUAGUGGUAUUUCACGGAGCUGAAUGUGAGGAGUGUUCGCUUGCAUGCCAUAAAAAAUGUUUAGAGACUUUAGCUAUUCAAUGUGGGCACAAAAAACUUCAUGGAAGGCUUCACUUGUUUGGAGUGGAAUUUGCCCAAGCUGCUAAAAAUGUUCCUGAUGGCAUUCCUUUCAUCAUCAAAAAGUGCACGUCAGAAAUUGAAAGCAGGGCGCUGAAUGUCAAGGGCAUCUAUCGUGUGAAUGGAGCCAAAUCAAGAGUUGAAAAGCUUUGUCAAGCUUUUGAAAAUGGAAAAGAUUUGGUUGAGCUCUCAGAACUCUACGCACAUGAUAUCAGCAAUGUUCUCAAGCUGUAUCUCCGCCAGCUUCCGGAACCCUUGAUUUUGUUUCGGCUUUACAAUGAGUUCAUUGGACUUGCAAAAGAAAGUCAGAGUGCUAAUGAGGAACUGGACGCUAAACAAGCUAGCCCCAAAUCAAAGAAAAGACAGUCAAUCUGUAUUGAACUGAAUAGGAUCAUCAUUAAAAUUAAAGAUCUUCUGAAACAACUGCCUGUACCAAACUAUAACACUCUCCAGUACCUUAUUGGACACCUUCACAGGGUCACAGAACAGUCUGAUGAAAAUAAAAUGUCAGCCAGCAACCUGGGCAUUAUAUUUGGUCCAACUCUGAUCAGGCCACGUCAAACGGAUGCUACAGUUUCUUUGUCAUCACUUGUGGAUUACCCUUAUCAGGCCCGAGUAGUGGAGCUGCUCAUAACAUACUAUGAAAAGAUAUUUGAUGUUUCAUUGAAACCACUUCUGAGCACAUCUCAAUCUGAAGAAACUGCCAUUGCAGUCAGAGUUGCUUUAUCAGCAGAAGAGAGGGAGCCACAGCAGCAGAGGAAGUCGUUUGUUGCUGUAAAGGAAGGUAUUCCAAUAGCUCCAAGUGAAAGCAGAGUUUCAGAAACAGCUGCAUUGUUCUUGGAAUCGAACAAUAGCAAGAAUACAAAAGAACGAGUAGAUACAUCUGCAACUGAAUGUGUAUCGUUACCCCUCACUGGAACUAAACCAGAAAGCUCUGGAAAGAGUAAUUCUCUGACAGAAUCAUCAGCUGCCAGCAUUUUGGAUAUUAAUACUUCUGCUCCAAGAGAGCCAGGUGAUGCUGUGAGUCCAGCUUCAGAGAGAGACAAUGAUUCAUUUGUUUGUCUAGGUGAAGACAGCUGUAAAAUUAACUUGUUUCCUGCAAAACCUAACCGUCAGAUUACCAAAGUUCCAUUGCGGGUUCCAAGGACAAAACCAGCUACUCGCCCUGUGAGCCUACCUGUAGACCGAAUACUUCCUCCAUGUGUUUUGAAUGAAAGAAAUUCACGAAAUGCAGGAGCAGUAAGUCCAGAGAAGCUUGGCAGGAGCCCUACUAUUGAAGAAGUUUCAGAGGUGAAGGCACUCCCUGCUGUCAAUACCUGCUGCAGACUUCCUUGUUACGACACUCAGAUGCUGCGAAAAACUUGGGACAAGCAAUAUAAACAGUAUGAUAUCACAGCAAGGACAGCAAUGAUCGUGACUAAUGUGCCCCAGGAGAACCGGGCACUUGAGAGUGGAAUUGCAGGUGCCUUAUCUUCGUCAUGCAGCACUGGUAACAAUUCAGCUAACACCAUUCUUCCUAGUAAGCCAUAUUCUGUUUCUGUCAGGUCAGGAAGGACAGCAACAGAAGGGAAUGGUCCUGAUGCCAAUCCUCUUGCUGCCUUUAGGGCACCAAGAACAUUGCAGCCACCCCCAGGGACGUUUUAUAAACCACCCUCUAACAAAUCAAAACAAAAUGAAGAGGGUUCUUUUGCUAAAGCUUGUGCGCCAGCCAGUGCUAGCCCUGUGCUUCACCAGGAUAAUACUGUGAAACUGGCUAGGAGCUCUGCACUUCCAUCAGGUGAUCCUGAACAAAACACAAAUGAACAAAAAACUAGCUCAGAGGAUAUUCACCCUACAGAUCUGAAGCCUACUUACCAGAGACUGAGACCAAAAAGGAUCCAAGAACUGGAACACAGGGAAGCUCAUUUUGUAUAGGGCGCAAAUUCCUCUUGGACUGUAUGCAAUUUGUUGAUGUUGCCAGUGGAGGCUUCCCUUUGCCCCUUUAUCCUUUGCCUUCCCUUGAGAAUCCCACUUUUGUGCCAUAUUGGAGUUAUUUUUAUAUAUGCAGCAUUUUAAAAUUGGGGGGAGGGCUGGGGAAUUGUGAAGGAAGUAAGUCAAACUUUUUGUAAUUCAGUAGCUUUUCAUAAAGAUUUAAUGCAUUCCCAGUCUAGAUACAGCUAAUGGGUCCAUUGAAUAAGACACUGAGCUUCAUUUCAUUGUAUGGAAUGGAGUGCUUAUUCAUAGAGAAACAACCAUUGUAUGUAGCAGUGUGAAAGGAGCCGUUUUUCAUAAUAGAUGUUGUAAUAAAAAUGGGAGGUUUAAUGUUCACUGUCUAAGCGUAAACCAAAGCUUGUGCUUUGCUCUGUAAAAGCAUUUGUUCAGUUUUCUAAUCUGUGCAAUUAAAGCUUUGCUCCUGAACAGACUUACAUACUGGCCGGCAUGGUCCAUAAUUAUGUAUCAUAUGUGUAUAUUUUAGGCAGACAUGGUUAUCUGUUGCCAGGUUUCUAUGUUGUCACUUUAAGGGUUUUUUUUUGUACAGCAAGGAUGCACUUACUGAGCUUUACUAUUCAGAAGAAGCAAUCAAUCCACAUCUGGUUUCUUGUAUAGCUUAACAAGUGAGGCAAACUGUGCACAGCCUGUUUGGUUUGGAUGCCCUUCUGGAGAGACUAUCAGUUGCAGUGGUGCUGUCUUUCCAGGUGAAUGAGAAGGCAGUGAUUUGCUUGCUAUAGAUCAGUUUCAUCAUUUAACCUGGUGUAACUGAAAUGAAGAGCAUUGUUUCCAAGUUUCAGUGAGAGAGCUGAAAAUAACCAAAAAUCUGUAUUAGUAGGUGCAUCUAAUGGUUUUCACAUUGUAUUAAAUGGUUUUUAUGUGUACACUGUUAUAUUUGCUUUAAAAUAUAUUAACUUGUUAACAUUUCAUGACUCUAUGGCUUCUAUAUCUGAAUUUCUUCUAACUUAUUAAAAUACAAACAUUUGGCCUUUGCAAUAGUAUAGUACUCUGCUGCAUCUGUCUUCUGGGGACGGGGGGUUGGCAUGCUCACCUUAAUGAGAUUACAAUUAGCUUGACUCUUUCUCACAUACUAUAGAGUACAGUUAUC